CUGUUACUCAUCGCUGUUGUGAAGUUUGUGGAAGUUGGAGAAACCUGCUCCAGCUUCAUGCUCCAUUCACACAACUCUCUUGUGUCUUUAUUUGAAAAGCAGAAAUGGCAGAAAUGUCUUUCGUGAUCUCUAUAAGCGUAAUGACAGUGUUUUGGGGCAUUGUUGGAGGAGUGGUGCCGUGGUUUAUUCCUAAAGGACCAAAUCGGGGAGUUAUUGUGGUCAUGCUGGUCCUAACUGCAGUUUGCUGUUACCUCUUCUGGCUGAUUGCUAUCCUGGCGCAGCUGAACCCGCUGCUUGGGCCGAUGCUCAAGAACGACACCAUAUGGUACCUCUAUCAUCACUGGGGAUAAUUUUUAAUCAUAGUCUGGUUGUCAUCAGAUGCAUGUAUAUGGCCAAACGUUCACUUCACUUUCUCAAAAAAGGGAAGGAUGAAUCCAUGGGGUUCCUGUGUGUGCUAUAAGGUGUGAUGUAUAAUUUUGCUUGGUCGUCUUUUAAAGGAAAUAAUGAACAUACUGAAGUUUUUUGGUUUUUUUUCCUCUUGUAAUUCUGUCCAUUGCCAAAAUCCUGUCUGUGUAUUUGGAGUAAAUUUACACUGUUCCUCUGUUAACGCAUUUCCUUGUGUUGUCUUUUUGUAUUUAUGUAACUAAAAACGUUCUAUAAAGA